AUGAAGUUAUUGAAAUGCUUAUAAAAAUACCAGUCUAAGUUAGUCCAAAAAGGUAACUUUUAAGCUUACACCGAGUUUUUAAAAUAUAAACCCCUUCAUCUUCUUUUAAAGUAAAUAUACUAAUUUUUAUUUAUUUAGGUUUAGUGAAUACCAAAAAAAAAAGAAAAAGCUGAGGUAAAAAUACCGGUUCUUUUACAUAGGAAGCAGGGGUACAUAGGGAAUAUGUCAACCCACUAUGCCACCGGAGGUUAUAAAAAAGAGUUGAAAGGUAUAUACUAGAUGAGGAAUAGUCAUAAGUAAAACAAGGAGGAACAGUAGUGGAUGA